CAUAAAUGUCAUUAGGAGACUUAGUCAUCUAGGGAAGACUGGUGUCGUAUUGGCUACAGGCUACACAGUAACAUGGCUGGCCAAUCACAAUAGCCCUUUUGACUCAUAUGCGGCUUACAAGAGAUGUGCGAGUUCAAGAUCCGAAGUUCCACAUUGAAGAUCCCCCGUCUCAGCCAGCAUUCGUUUACACCUAAUGCGCUAGAUAUAUAUACAAAAGGUUAUGCAAUGCUAAUACGGACUUAUAGACCGCUAUUAUGAGCUGAACCCCUGCAUGGUACUGGCCCCCGUAGCCUCGGUGUGACUUGCGAAGAUGACGUCCAGGCUCGAUCGUCUCGUUACGAUCCUUGAGACAGGAAGUACGAAGUUGAUAAAGGAUACUGCCGUCAACCAACUAGCAGACUGGCAAAAACAGCAUCCCGAGGAAUUAUUUAACCUAUUAUCGAGAGUAGUUCCUUAUCUCCGCCACAAAGAUUGGGAUACUCGAGCCACUGCAGCUAAGGCUCUUGGCAAGAUCAUUGAGAAUGCUCCUUUCUAUGAUCCUAAUGAGGACGAAGAUCACACCACAGCAAAGAAAGAAGAGCCUAGUGGGGAAAAUGGUUUCAUAAAAAAGGAAGAAGACGACAUUUCACCCGUAUCCUCAGAUGAGUACUUCAAGCCUGAGACAUUAGAUGUCUCGACAGUACUCAAAUAUGGUAGAGAACUGUUGAGAACAGGAAACGUAGAUUAUGGUCUUGCGAGUCUUGAGCCCCAAGCUCGACUUUCUCACCAAAAGAAAACCCUCACGGGUCGACUUGGAUUACUAGGCAGACCCUUCGAAGAUGAGGAAAUACCGAUCACGGCUGAGAAAUCAGCCAGUCCUUUUACGCCACAAGAUCCUAACCCCACAAAUGGGCUAACUCGUCAAGACAGUAUCGCUAGUAUUCCGUCCGGUCAACCAGCUGAAGAGUCUGGUUUGAGUGCUCGGCAGCUGAACGUUCUGAAACGAAAACGAAAAAGAGAUGCGCAAAAGGCAGCGCAAGGGAAGAGUGGGUUCGGUGACUUGUCUAUACGCCGCACCUACACCGCAGGGUCGGAUCUGCUCGAUGACACCCCCAUGCUGGACGCUGAUUCAAAAAAGGGCGGGAAAGCGGAUUAUUUCAGUCUCGACCGGCCAGCUGACGUUGACGAGGACACCAAAGUUGUUUCCGAAUUCAAAGGCCCUGCUGUUCCCAUCAAGCCGGAAAUCGAGACAGAGGAUGAACUUGAGGGAUCAGAAUGGCCGUAUGAACGUCUCUGCGAGUUCCUCAAAAUCGACAUAUUUGAUGCACAAUGGGAGACACGUCAUGGUGCUGCAUUGGGUCUACGAGAGAUCCUCCGCGUGCAUGGCGCCGGAGCAGGUCGGUUACGAGGAAAGUCGAGGGCUGAAAACGAUGCGCUUAACAGAAAAUGGCUCGAUGACAUGGCCUGCCGGCUCUGUUGCGUUCUUAUGCUAGACAGAUUCACCGACUAUGCUUCUGAUACAUCUGUUGCACCGAUCCGAGAGACUGUCGGACAAACUUUAGGUUCCUUCCUAAAGCACGUACCGCCCCAGUCUGUUUACAACAUCUACCGCAUUUUAUUGAGAAUGGUGAUGCAGCAGGACCUGGAUCUAGACAGGCCUGUCUGGCCUGUUUGCCAUGGUGGCAUGGUGGGCUUACGGUACGUUGUUGCUGUACGGAAGGAUUUACUACUACAACACAACGACAUGAUCGAUGGCAUAGUUGAAGCCGUUAUGAAAGGCCUCAGUGACAACGAUGACGACGUCCGAUCCGUCAGCGCGGCAACAUUAAUUCCUAUAGCCCAAGAAUUCGUCACGCUCAAACCGAUAGCACUCGACGAGAUGAUUAACAUCGUAUGGGAAAGUCUAUCCAGUUUAGGCGACGAUUUGAGUGCUAGCACUGGUAAGAUUAUGGAUCUCCUAGCUACUCUUUGCAGCUUCCCGGCGGUCCUAGAGGCAAUGAAGAAUUCAGCAGAGCAAGAUGAGGAGAGAUCUUUCACUCUCUUAGUACCACGACUCUAUCCAUUUCUACGUCACACCAUCACUUCAGUCCGUCUUGCUGUCUUGAAGGCCUUGAUGACUUUUGUCAAUCUUGGCGUAGAGUCUCAAGGCUGGCUCGAUGGUAGGAUUCUUCGACUGGCAUUCCAAAACAUACUUGUGGAACGUGACCAAGAGACCCUCAACAUGUCUAUAGAGCUAUGGGCCGCUCUAGUCAGAUGCUUGGCUAGGGACCCCGAGCACCUCGCGCGCGAAUUUGCGCCUCAUAUCGAUGCUCUUAUGCAGCUUACUCUGCAUCCUGUGGGUGUAUCUCGACAUCCUAUACCUAUGAAUGGUACGCUCUUCCUCAAGCCCUCAGGGGGCACUUAUUCCGUGCCUGGUUUCGCUCCUCCAGUUUCACGCAAGGGCUCCGAACCAGACGGAGAGCGCGCUACGAAGAGGCGAAAGAAAUCGACCAAAAUUGACGACCCGCUUCCCACAACUCACUCCCACGACCUCGAUGGUCAUAUGAUGCAGGGAGACGUGGAUCUCGUUGGCAUGGAUACCCUUAUUCGCUCUCGAGUAUCAGCUGCCGCGGCGAUGGGGUUGAUUAUGUCCUUUGUGCCUAUCCAACAUCUGGAUUCUUUCGACGCCACGCUCGUGCCGGGACUUACAUCGUCAUAUUCAUCAACACAGCUCGCCGCGUGCAUCGUGAUCGAUGAGUAUGCUCGAAGCUCUGUUGCUUCUCAACCCAAGGCGCCAAGAUAUGCAACUGCGCUACAGAAGAUCAUAGAUUUCGACCGACCUUUCCAAUAUCGCGAUCUGGUUAGCUAUGUGCAACGGGUACGAUCGCAAUGCCAACAACUCAUGAAUCUCUUUAGGGAUCAUGGAAAGGUGCCUCAACACAAGCUUCCAGCUCUUGCUGUCGUUGUGCAAGGCGAAGCAGAAGCAGGGCCAGGUGCUUUCUCUCUUUCCACAGCUGACAAGUGUGUUAACGACGAUUUCGAACGACUAAAGAAGGCCAUGGCACCAGCGCAACGCUUGAUUGCCAGCCAGCAGCUCUCUGAAGUCCGAGCUACCACAUUAACAGCGAUCGAGGAAGCUAAAGCUGUCAAGGAGACGCGUGAUGUUCGUAUCAAGGCGGCAGCGGCAUGUGCUUUAAUAGCAAUGAAAGUGCUACCGAAGAAGCCAAGUCCGCUAAUCAAGGCUAUCAUGGAUAGCAUCAAACUCGAAGAAAAUCAGCAGCUCCAGACCCGCUCCGCUGACACGAUUGGUCGGUUGGUCCAACUAUUCACAGAGAAAGGUCGUCGAGGUCCUGCAGACAAGGUUGUCUCCAAUUUAGUCAAAUUCUCUUGUGUCGAGGUAGCCGAAACUCCCGAGUUCCCAGUUCACGCAACGAAGACCAAUGUCAUACUAUCGAUGCAGAAAGAAGAAGACCGAGUUGACCAUGGCUCUGAUGCCGCUAAAUUCGCUCGGGAAGCUAAGGGUGCUCGUAUAACCCGAAGGGGAGCAAAAGAGGCUCUUGAAAUUCUCUCCCGCACCUUCGGCGCAGACAUAUUUAACAUAGUCCCAAGCCUGAGAACAUUUAUGGAAGAUCCUCUAAUCAAAGCUUUCUCGGGAGAAUUGCCUGCCGAGGCGAAGGAUCCUGAAAGCACAUUCGGCCAGGAAAUUGUAGACGCCAUGUCAGUCAUCCGGACCAUGACGCCAACCUUGGAUAAGUCACUCUAUCCGUUUGUCAUGCAACAGGUUCCGCUCAUUAUCAAAUCGCUUCAUUCCGAACUUUCUGUGUUCCGAUACAUGGCCGCGAAAUGCCUGGCAACUAUUUGCAGCGUCAUUACUGUUGAGGGCAUGACUGCGCUUGUAGAAAAGGUUCUACCUUCAAUCAAUAAUCCCGUUGAUUUACACUUCCGCCAGGGUGCAAUAGAAGUCAUCUACCACCUGAUUGCUGUCAUGGGCGACGGCAUCUUACCUUACGUCAUCUUCCUGAUUGUACCCGUCCUAGGUCGCAUGAGCGAUUCGGACAACGACAUUCGCCUAAUCGCAACUACGUCUUUCGCUACGUUAGUUAAAUUAGUGCCGCUUGAGGCCGGCAUACCCGAUCCUCCCGGUCUCUCGGAAGAGUUAUUGAAAGGUAGGGACCGCGAAAGGACAUUCAUUGCCCAACUCCUUGAUCCCAAGAAAGUCGAACCGUUCAAGAUCCCAGUCGCAAUCAAUGCCGAGUUACGUUCAUACCAACAAGAGGGUGUCAAUUGGCUUCAUUUUCUCAAUAAGUAUCACCUGCAUGGUAUUCUUUGCGACGAUAUGGGCCUCGGGAAAACUCUACAAACUCUCUGUAUCGUCGCGAGCGAUCACUACAACAGAGAAGAGGAGUUCAAGAGGACCGGCGCUCCAGAUGUGCGGAAACUCCCGUCUCUUAUUGUCUGUCCACCGACGCUUUCAGGCCACUGGCAGCAAGAGCUGAAGACCUUCGCGCCAUUCUUGAGUGUCACUGCUUUCGUGGGACCUCCUGCAGAGCGAAGAGCGAAGGCCGUUCAGUUCGCAUCAACUGACAUCGUCAUUACCUCCUACGAAGUCUGCCGUAACGAUUCCGAGUAUCUCGAGAAGCAGAGUUGGAAUUACAUCGUACUCGACGAAGGUCACUUGAUCAAGAACCCCAAAGCAAAGAUUACCCUUGCUGUCAAGAAGUUCGCGAGCAACCAUCGUUUGAUCCUAACUGGCACGCCAAUUCAGAACAAUGUCCUAGAGCUUUGGUCUCUCUUCGACUUCUUGAUGCCUGGCUUCCUUGGGGCCGAAAAGGUGUUCUUAGAUCGAUUUGCAAAACCCAUCGCUGCUAGUCGUUUCAGUAAGGCUUCGUCAAAGGAGCAAGAAGCCGGCGCAUUAGCAAUCGAGGCUUUACACAAGCAGGUCCUGCCAUUCUUGCUUCGCCGCCUAAAAGAAGAAGUUCUUGACGACCUUCCCCCUAAGAUCCUUCAGAACUACUACUGUGAUCUUAGCGAUCUACAGAGGAAGCUUUUCGAAGAUUUUACCAAGAAGCAGGGUAAGAAGCUCACAGAAGAAGCGAGCAAGGAAGAUAAAGAAUCCAAGUCACACAUCUUCCAAGCAUUGCAAUAUAUGCGGAAGCUUUGCAACUCUCCGGCGCUCGUCAUGACGCCAAGCAACAGACUCUAUGACGACACCCAGCGUUUCCUUGCCAAGCAGGGAACCAGUAUAGAGGAUCCGGUGCAUGCCCCCAAGUUGACCGCUCUCAAAGACCUGUUAGUUGAUUGUGGCAUUGGAAUUGAGGGUACUGAUUCCAACGAUCCCCUCUACCAACCUAUCAAACCACACCGUGCCUUGAUAUUCUGUCAAAUGAAAGAGAUGCUUGACAUGGUCCAAAAUACAGUAUUAAAGCGCAUGUUACCCUCCGUUUCGUACCUGCGCCUCGACGGCUCGGUCGAGGCGAACAAAAGACAGGAUAUCGUGAACAAGUUCAACAAGGAUCCUUCCUACGACUGUCUACUUCUCACUACUAGUGUUGGUGGGCUGGGUCUCAACCUUACGGGAGCAGAUACUGUCAUUUUUGUCGAGCAUGACUGGAACCCUCAACGAGAUUUACAAGCUAUGGAUCGUGCCCACCGAAUCGGACAAAAGAAGGUCGUCAACGUGUACCGGCUGAUCACGAGAGGUACUUUGGAGGAGAAGAUCUUGAGCCUUCAAGCAUUUAAGAUAGAUGUUGCAUCUACCGUAGUGAAUCAACAGAAUGCUGGCUUAGGAACUAUGGACACGGACCAAAUACUCGAUCUCUUUAGUCUAGGCGAUUCGGGACCUAACUUGUUAUCUGAUAAACCUAAGAAUACGGUUGAGGGACGUGAGGAGGAUAUGGUUGAUGUCGAGACGGGAGAUGUGAGAGCUCCAGGUAAAAAGGCAUGGGCGGAUGACUUAGGAGAGCUCUGGGAUAACCGCCAAUAUGAGGAAAGCUUCGAUUUAGACGGCUUCCUCAAGACGAUGACAUAACGAACGGGAGUCGAAGACAAAUGGGCCAUGAUGAGGGUUAGCAUCAAGGGUGGCCUUGGUAUUUAUGAUAUGCCUUUAGGCGAAGCCCCUAAGCCUUGUGCUGUGUAUAAUUGUAUUAUAAGGGGGUGAAGCCAACGAAACGAUGCAUCCAUUUUCCUCCAGAGAGGAAUUGGCUGAAUAUAUUGACUUUUCUAAA